ACAAAUAUUAAGACAUUUGGUUGGAAGAGAGAUACUAGUUUUCCUUUUGGAUUAACAAAUGAAUUGAGAAGACAAAAAGAUGGAAGGAGAUUCAGUGAAGUUACUAGGAUUUUGGGGUAGUCCAGCUGUUCUAAGAGUGAAGUGGGCACUAGCAGUUAAAGGAAUAGAAUACCAAUAUGUGGAAGAAGAUCUCAGCAACAAGAGUGACAUGCUCCUUAAAUACAACCCUGUCUACAAAAAGGUACCUGUUCUUGUGCACCAGGGUAAGCCCCUUGCUGAAUCACUGCUCAUUCUUGAGUAUAUUGAUGAGACUUGGAAGCAAAAUCCUCUUCUUCCACAUUCUCCUUAUGAAAGGGCCCAGGCUAGAUUCUGGUCCAAAUUCGUUGAUGACAAGUGUAUGCCAACGGUUGUGGCAGCGUUUUCCAAGGUAGGAGAAGAGCAACAGAAGGCAGCAGAAGAAGCUCGAGAGAAUCUGAAGAGGCUUGAGGUUGGACUAGAGGGAAAACGCUUCUUUGGAGGUGAUAACAUUGGCUUUGUGGACAUUGCUAUUGGCUGGCUUCCAUACUGGAUUGGAAUAGCUGAGGAAGUUGUGGCCAUCAACCUUAUUGAUGCAGAGUCAAUGCCUAAGCUUAACUCAUGGUUCCAUGCUUUUAUUGACAUUCCAAUUAUCAAAGAACUCUUGCCUCCUCGUCACAAAUUGCUCCCUCACACCAAGGCAUUCCUUCAAGCGUAGCCAUCAUCCCCUCAGAAGGCUAUUUCCAUUCAUAUAUUAUAUGUGAUGCCAUCUUACCAAGUUUAUUGUUAGAACUAAAGCUAGAACAACUAAGGUUUGGUUUGGUAAAAUUUUUCGAAGAUGUGACUCUUCUUUUUGUGUUUGGUAAAUCAAAAAGAUUAUGUGCUUGUAUUUGCAGCUUUU